AAUCGAGUCACAACUGGGAGAGACCGUGUGUCGCUCGUCUCGAAAACUUCUUGAACGAGCGAGGUUGCGAACAGAACGAACAGCACUUGUCAACGCGAUCGGCUCGCUCUCUGCAAUCAAGCGACUCCAUUCGCAGUCAGUUGCAACGAGUGUCUUAUCCCCAAUCUCCCGUGGAUUACUGUGCAUCGAGUGGAGUUUAAGUGCCUCUAUGGAAUACGGCCAGACGUCUGUCACCGGAAAUUCUGCCCACUAGUCAAUUGUCGUUUGCAACGCGAUCGCCAACAGCUCGAACAUGUCUAUGGUGACUCCUUAUCCUUCGUAUCCUUCGCGCGUUGGCCAUUGCGGUUCCUUCCCGCACGUCCCGCUUCUGCCGUACAACAAACCGCCCUCCCAUAAGGCGGUGAGCCAGCAAUUACCGCAAGGACCAUGCUGCCCAUUGCCCCAGGCCACGCCGACCACGGCCUUGACCGUAUUCCUGGCUAACCGUGAGCGUGAAUGCGGCGAAGCCUCCACGCGGUCCCGCAAGAGGCCAUUGGUGAUGUCGAUGGUGUUUCCCGCGCCUCCCUACCUCAAUGAAGACCACGACUACAAGAAGGUGGCCAACACGAUCCGCGUCCUGCGGCUCGCCGGCUACUACUACGAGAACCUCUCCUGGCAGGACGCUGAGAUUCUCCUGAAGUCGUCUGAGGUUGGGAAAUUCAUCGUCAGAAAUUCGAGAGACAACCGGUUCCUGUUCGCGUUGAGCGUCCAAACCGAACGCGGACCGACUUCGGUGCGGAUACACUAUAAGCACGGUGUGUUCCGGCUAGAUUGUGAACACCACGUCGCGGUCGAGAUGCCAACGUUUUCGUGCGUCGUAGAACUCGUCGAAUACUAUAUUAGCUUGUCCGAGUCGGAGAGAGGCAAGUGCUGCGUUUGGCUGGACGGAUCCGGUCGCCGGGAUCUCCCCAUAAAAAUCGGCAAACCUCGUUACAAGCAAGUGAAUUCACUGCAACACCUUUGCCGGAUUUCUCUGAACAAUCAGACGGCGACCAAGAAGCUUAAUAUCCCGUCACCUCUCGCGUGCUUCCUGCAGCAGUACCCUCAUAAGCACUGA